AUGGACAGAGUUCGCAGACUGUUUACAGACCAUGUGUCCUACGAGCCGCUGGACGACUCGGCAGAGGUGGACGGCGGAGAAAGUGAAGUUGAUCAUGAGCGCGUGCGGGCACGCUUUUCACGAUUAGAGUACGGUGUGUUCUUUCUGUUGGGUAUUUCGAUGCUAUGGGCAUGGAACAUGUUUUUGGCCGCCGCGACCUACUUCCAUGGUCGCUUUCAGUCCGAUGAAUGGAUCGCAGCGCACUACCAGCCCUCUAUUCUUACAGUUUCUACUCUGACCAAUCUCGGCACCGUCUGGGCCUUUGCUAAAAUGCAAAAGCGACUUUCGUACCCGGCGCGGAUCACGAUCUCACUACUGAUGAACUGCGCCGUUUUCACCCUUCUCGCAUUCUCGACGGUGGUCCUCAAGCACAUUCCAGCUCGGGCAUACUUUGGUUUUUUGAUGGUGAUGGUGUUUGGGGCGAGCUUCGCAGCUGGCUUGAACCAGAAUGGAGUGUUUGCAUAUGUCGCAGGAUAUGGUCGCGAAGAGUACACCGCCGCCAUCAUGAGUGGGCAAGGUGUUGCGGGUGUCCUCCCAUGUGUUGCCCAGAUUGUCUCUGUUCUGGCGGUUCCCCGAUCCGAGAACGACGAGCAGACUGGACACCGUGUUCAGGGAUCAUCGUCGACAUCGGCCUUUAUUUACUUCUUCACCGCGACAGGCGUAUCGGUGUUGACCCUUAUUGCUUUCCUAUACCUGCUUCGGACUCGCUCGAGUCCCAGAGAAGCUGAGACGGAGAGCGACGAGGGUGUCUCAUUGGUGGGCCAUGUCAAGGACAGGUCGGUCGGCUUGUGGGCCCUUUUCAAAAAACUCAAGUACCUGUCUGUGGCUGUGUUUGUAUGCCUCAUGGUCACCAUGAUGUUCUUCCCGGUCUACACUUCGAGAAUCGUCUCGGUGAAUGAUCCAGGGCAGUCUCGCAUGUUUGACUCCAGCGUUUUUAUUCCCCUGGCCUUUCUCUUCUGGAAUGUCGGCGAUCUCGCCGGUCGAGUGCUCGUAUCCUAUCCAGGCCUUUCUCUCGCCCAUCGUCCCAAGGUAGCUCUCACCUUAACGAUCGCCCGGGUCGUCUUCGUGCCUCUGUACCUGCUUUGCAACGUCAAUGGCAGUGGAGCCGCCGUGAAAAGCGACUUCUUCUACCUUGUGGUGGUGCAGCUCUUGUUUGGUGUGACCAACGGCUAUCUGGCGUCGAGUUGCAUGAUGGGUGCCAGUGUGUGGGUGGCUGCCGAUGAGCGAGAAGCCGCCGGAGGCUUUAUGAGCAUGAUGCUUGUUGCCGGACUGGCGGCGGGUAGCUUCUUGAGCUUCCUGAUGGCUAGUUGA